AUGCCCAAGUACGAAAGCUUUCGGAGAUACUGUGAAGAAAAGCAGCUAUGGUCCGAGUACCGUUUCAAGUCCCACGUCUUCUUGCCCUGGCUUCAUAAUCUGCUCGUGAAGAACGAGCGGCUCCAGGAGAUGUCAAGGGAGCUCCUGUGCACAGAUCACACCGUCAUAUGGUCCACCGACUGGUGUGUGAAGCCGCGGUCCUCGCCGCAGCACUUUACCUGGCACCAGGACUCCACGUACAGCAAGUUCGGCCUGAACGGCUGUACUCUCUGGCUGGCUUUCUCCCAUGUAAAGGCAUCCAGUGGCCCCAUCUUGUAUCGGAGGUUUUCGCAGAGAAUGGGUCAGCUGAAGCACGUGGAGGAUGCCAGUGACUCCUCGAACUUGCUGGCUUUUGGCCAAUACAUACCAGAAGACGAACCUACUCCGCUGAUCCUAGGCUGCCUUGAAGGUUUGUGUGUGUGUGUGUGUGUAAUUAGCACCGGUGCAAUGCAGCCCUACACCUCAAGCCCUGAACACUACUGCGCCAUCUGCAGCGUCUAUGAGGUCACUGUAAAGCCCUUGAGUCUUAUCGCCAGUAUGGCUCCCCUAAACCCUUACCUAAAGCUUGGCCCGAAAGCCAAACCCUAA